AUACAUGUAACUAUACCAUGAGCGAGGUUAUCAUAUCUAAACGAACGGAGCACUUAAGCGAAACACCCACGCACAAACUACACCUGUGAGGUUCUCUCCGGUGAAAAAAUAUACUUGGCUAUUUGAGUGUAAUAUUUACAUACAGACAGACAAAGGCAUGAAUGUCGGAAUGUAAUAUACAAUCUACACCUUCUCGGCAUUUCGUUUACCUGAAGACGAUGCAGAGCUGGUAUCAAGGUAAACACCGAGGCGUUACAGCAUUUCUCCUGUGCUGUUGUUUUGCAAUCUUCAUUGUGUUUAUCCUGUCUGAUCAAACUAAUAUUGAUGUUAUUCUACCCAUGGCGCUCAAGGCGUCCAAACCGACUAUGUUUGUUUAUCGCAAAGACUCACCUCUACGUGAAGAUAACGGCACAAUUGCCAAAACUCUGGAAAAGAACGUUCGCAUACUUUGCUGGAUUAUGACCUGCCCGCAGAACCAUGAAUCUAAAGCGAGACAUGUUAUGAAUACCUGGGCAAAACGUUGUAACAAAGUGAUUUACAUCAGUUCAAAGCACAACACAACUUUUCCCGCUGUUGGCCUCAACGUAUCAGAGGGACGGAAACAUCUAACGACCAAAACGAUGACAGCAUUCAAAUACAUCUAUAAAAACCAUAUAAACGAUGCUGAUUGGUUCUUAAAAGCAGACGAUGAUACGUAUGUUGUGGUAGAAAAUCUGAGACAUCUUCUUUCAUCAUAUUCCCCAAAGGAUCCUGUGUUUUUAGGACAGCGUUUUCAACGUCAUGUAAAGCAGGGAUAUUACAGUGGAGGCGCUGGGUACGUGUUAAGUAAGGAGUCAGUGCGAAGACUCGUCAAGGAUGGAAUAGAGACGGGGAAUUGCAGUGACACAGGUCAGUGGGAGGAUGUUGAUGUUGGAAAAUGUAUGGAGACUCUCGGUAUAAAACUAGGCAAUAGUACCGAUUCAAAGGGACGAUCUCGGUUCCACUGCUUUGCCCCAGAAAACCAUUUAUUAGGACGAUUUCCUAAUGGUCACAAAGGAUGGGAGCCUGAUGUCAGAAGCGGAUCAGAGACUAUAAGCGAAUAUGCUGUUUCCUUCCACCAUGUUCGUCCUGACAACAUGUAUGUUUACGAGUUCUUUCUAUACCGCCUUAGACCAUUCGGAAUACACUUCAAACACAUCACCGAGUAGUGAUACGUGUUGAGACAUUUAUCAUUAGGAAAACAAGCCAGGCACGUCACACGAAUCUUCGUAAUGAUGCAGCUGAUCGCAUGCGAUCUUUCGGAACAAUGUUCAGAUGCAUUUACCAUGUAAAAAUAGGUGCUGCAGUAUUGAUCGCCUGAAACCGUUCGGAAUCGUCACUUCGGAAUAAUCUACAGAACAGUGAUAUUGUUUUUUCUCCAUUCAUUGCCAGAUAGUGAGUAUAUAUACUUCAUAUAGAUUUAACAAUGCAAUAUUAUGACUCUGAUUUAUAACUGACCAAUAAAAUAGGCGUACCAAUGACGAUUAAUUUGGGUCGGAGUCACAAAUAGGUACAAAGUGUCAUGUCAUCAAUUUUAAUAGCAACACAUUGGUUCGUCUUCAGUUCAAUAGGCUUUUUGUAAAUUUAUAUUUAUAUAAACACUGUUAGAAUUACUUCUUUGCCCCAUAUAGUAUUUUAAGUAAUU